AAGAGAGGACACAUGAUAUACAAGAAAUUGGUUAUAUUAGCAUUGCGGGUAUCAUUGGGUAGACCUCACAAAGCUGAGAACAUGGGCAAUUACAGACCGGGGAUUCCCUUCUUAAAAUACCUUUUUCUUAUAGUGUUUUCUUCACAGGGCAGAUGUCAAGAUGUUCUUAGGGAUCCAUCUUUCCACAUAGAAGAAGCCACAAUUCAACAAAUCCAAUUAGCGUUCAAGACAGGCAGGCUUACGUCGACAAGCCUUGUGGAAUUCUAUCUCCACACCAUUGAAAAACUCAAUCCAGAACUCCAUGCUGUGAUCGAAGUGAAUCCUGAUGUUCUCCUGCUGGCUGAGAAAGCAGAUGUAGAAAGGCACAAAGCAGGAGGAUAUAUUGGUGGCCUCCAUGGAAUACCUGUGCUACUUAAAGACAAUAUUGCUUCCAAGGAUAAGCUCAAUACAACUGCAGGCUCAUUUGCUCUUUUGGGUACAGAGGUUCCAAGAGAUGCGGCAGUGGUAUCCAAGCUGCGGAAGGCCGGUGCCAUAAUAUUGGGCAAGGCCAGCUUAAGUGAAUGGGCAGAUUUCAGGACAUUCCAUAUGCCUAGUGGAUGGAGUGCUAGAGGUGGUCAAUGUAAGAAUCCUUAUGUUUUGACAGCUGAUCCCUGUGGAUCAAGCACUGGAUCAGCAGUAGGAGUGUCAGCAAACAUGGUAGCAGUGUCAUUAGGUACGGAAACGUAUGGCUCAAUUCUUUGCCCAUCUAGCUCUAACAGUGUUGUGGGAAUAAAACCUACAGUUGGGUUAACAAGCAGGGCAGGAGUCAUUCCCAUCUCACACAACCAAGACACUGUGGGACCUAUUUGCAGAACUGUAUCAGAUGCAGUUUACCUGCUGGAUGAGAUUGUUGGGUAUGACAUACAUGAUCACGAAGCCACAGAGAGUGCAGCUCAGUUAAUUCCAAAAGGUGGGUAUAAGCAGUUUCUCAAGAUUGAUGGGUUGCAGGGCAAGAGGUUGGGCAUUGUUCGAAACCCAGACUUAUCACCUGGGUCCACUAAAGCAGUAUCCUUUGAGAAGCAUUUGGAAACUAUGAGGAGGGAAGGUGCAAUUUUGGAGGAAAAUCAUAUAUUCAGUGAACUCCUAAAUAUAAGAAAUGAUACGGAGGAAACAGUGGCAGAGUACGAUUUUAAACAUGACCUAAAUAUUUACCUUGCUGAGCUCCUGCAAUCUCCUGUUCGUACAUUGGCUGAUGUCAUCUCAUUUAAUAUCCAGCAUGCUAUUGAGGAAGAGCUUUCAAGGUUUGGACAGGAUAUUUUCCUCCGGGCUCAGAACACAUCAGGCUUAGAUACCCAGCAAUAUAGAGAGGCCCUUAACAUAAAUCACAUGCUAACGAAAAAUGGAAUCCAUAAAGUUCUAAUAGCAUAUGAACUUGAUGCCCUUGUGACACUUGAUGAUGGAAUUUAUACAGUUCUAGGCAUUGCAGGGUAUCCUGGUAUAAGUGUGCCUGCAGGUUACAGUAAAGCUGGCGUACCCUUUGGCAUAUAUUUUGGAGGGAGGAGGGGUUCAGAGCCUACCCUCAUUGAGAUUGCCUAUGCUUUUGAACAAGUAACUAAGCUCAGGAUGAUUCCUUUAUUUACGAGACAGAAAAUUGUGACAAGUUUCUCUGAGGAAGUGUUGGUGUAAUGCCUUCCAUCCAUACAGGUAUCCAAGCUUCGUGGUUACUACUGAAGUCAAAUAAUUGUUAUUAUUGGUUCUGGUGCCUGAAAAGCUUUCGUAUAAGGUGGUAAUAGAAGACAGCUAAUGAUAUCCGCAUUAAAGUUGCAACGGAUUGUGCCUGCAUUGUAGUAAUCGCUUAGGUUACUUUAUGUUGGAAUUGUACUUGUUGAAAUCAAGAAUGCUUUUGGCGACCACUGGACUGUGGAAACAACUAUUGAUAUCCAAAAGCAUUCUAGAUUUCACUUGUGGACUGUGGAAACAUUAUGUAUCUUAUUGUAGCUGUUAUCUAGAUCAGUAGGCCAAUACCAGUACUUAAAAUGAAUUAUUAAUUAGGUUUUAGGUCACCUAGACUAAAAGGAAGAUGGGGUAUAGAUCAAUUUCCAGAGAUAAUGGGCAUCUCAGACCAAAGAUUAGAAGCAUUUUUUGGUCAAUAAAUGUAUUUACAUUAUUCCUAGCAUCUCCUUGAUGAGAUUAAAUCUUUCCCAGAUUUUAAGCUAAAAUCUAUUUGCCAUGACUGCAUCGACCAAAUUACCUUGUCUGCAUCUUCAAGGCCCUAAAAGGCAUGGUCUACAAUUGAUGAAAAAUGAGAUACGAUGAUUUUUCAAUUGAAAAAUACUUCUAUAAAAUAACUCUCUAAAAUAUUAUACCACAUACUCAAGAGUGAUUGC